AUUUCAAUGCAACUGCUUCAGAAGUUUAAUUUGUUAAAUUUCAACAGCCUGACGCUGACCCCACUUUUUUCCCCUCACAAAACUUACCUCCUCCCAAUCCGAGUUUUUUCACGACUCCACCUCCGUGUUUUCGUGCUCGCUCGCUGCCCGGCUGCGUUCGAUCCACUCCGGGCAUUUCUUCCCGCCUAAAGCCGAUCUUGCUGCAGGGAGGAGCGACCGGGGUGCAGUUGAGAGAUGAGCUGAGCAUCACAGCCCCGCAUUCAAGGAAACGGACUAACACAGCACUUUUUUCUCUCUCUCUCUAGACUUCCCACAAUGUUUCUGGCUUCCGUAAAGCACGAGAGCUUUAUGAUGUGAAAAAAGUGUGGUAUGCACGCAGAGAGGCCGGUGUGAGCAGGUUUUGUCUCUGAGGAGCGGGGAAUCUCUGCCCAGUCAAGGAAGACCCCCUCAAUUGUUUCCUGCGCCAAGAACUGUAAAGACAUGGUCAUCACAGCGCAUCUGUGAUGAGCAGCAGGCUGUGAGUGUGAGGACGUCUCAGAGGAUGUGCCCGACCUGUGGGCCCCAGUGCUGAGGAAGCUCCGCAGGGCUGACCGGUGGCCAGCAUGUCUCUGCACCAUCAGUACCAGCGAGGCCCCCACGGCCGCACCAUGAGCACCGAGGAGAGGAGCUCCACGCCAGUGAACAAGACCUCGGUGCCGGUUCAAAAGAGCGCCUCCUCCUCUUCCUCGUCCCAGCGAGACAGCCGGCAGGAGGCAGACAGCUGGGAAAUAAUCGAGGGACUGAAAAUCGGUCAGAGCAACGUCCAGAGGCCCGACAAACAUGAAGGUUUUAUGUUGAAGAAAAGGAAAUGGCCCCUGAAAGGGUGGCACAAGCGUUUCUUUGUUCUGGACAACGGCAUUCUGAAGUACUCCAAGACCCCUAUUGAUAUUCAAAGGGGAAAGCUUCAUGGCAGCAUCGACGUCGGCCUCUCUGUCAUGUCCAUCAAAAAGAGGGCGCGUCGCAUCGACCUGGACACCGAGGAGCAUAUUUAUCAUCUGAAGGUCAAGUCUCAAGACAUCUUUGACGCCUGGGUGUCGAAGCUGCGCCACCACCGACUCUAUCGACAGAAUGAGAUAGUGCGCUCUCCCCGGGAGCCCACGAUGCGAACGUUUCCUCCUCCGGCUGCCAUGGAGACGCCCCAACCCUCCCCAAUUGUAGUAAAUGAAACAAAGGCCAAGUCCAGCAGCUUGCCGUGGCAGCCGGCGGCGCCCAGCAGCAGCAGCAACAGCAGCCUGCAGGCCUCCUACAGCAACGGUCAGAGCAGGGUGGCCGCCUGGCUUCAAGAGUCAGAGGAGAUGGACAAGUGUGCAGAGGAGCUCGCACGUUGCCAGUCUAACCUGACCGAGUUAAGCCGGUUGUUGCAGAGCCUGGAGAUCCUGCAGAGGACCCAGUCAGCGCCCAACUUCACAGAUAUGCAGGUAAAACGCACAGCCGAGAGCAAAUACAGAAACACACGCAUAGCGGUGUCGAGGAUGAAAUUCUAGUCAGCACUUCAUUAAAACUUUUUUUUUUUUUUUUCAACUGGAAGGUUUGCUGCUGGUGAGAAGUUUGCAUACGUUAUUCAUUGGCAUGAAGAUCUUGUUCAUUUUGAGCUUUUAAAGACAGACUUAAUCUGUUUAUCUGUGAAGGUGCAACAGCUGUACAGUAGAUAGUGUCUGCUAUUUUAAAAACAGAAUUAGGUGGACAAGCUUAACCACAGAGUCGAAAUCAUACACACUGGUUCUAAAAAAAUAGCAAUAAUAUAAUUUUUAGAUGUGUUUUUUUUUCUCUUAUUAUGAUUUUCAUUAAUUUGUGUAUUUUUGUUCUUUUUUUCCUGAAGCAUCUUGUGGUUUUUACCUGUUAAAUGGUGAUAUAUUAAAUAAACUUUAAAUAAUUAUUGCUGCAUAUAAUCAUUCUUCUUAUCCACAUAGGUAAAUCUUAUUUAAAUUGCUUGGUUUCCUGGCACAAAUACCUUUAAAAACUUACGAAAAACCUGCUAUAUCAAUUGCAAAAACCAGUUUUGAUGGCUGCUGAUGAUCAUUGUCCUGUUGGAACUCCCAAAUGUGUCCCAAGUUUCAGCUUUUGAAUAAUAUUUGCACCUUUAAAAUCUCUACGUUGAAAAAAAUAUAUUUAUUCAUGCCCUUGAUGAGUGUACGUCUCACCAGCAGCGUUAUGUGUGUAUAUAUGAGAUACAGACAGAGAGGAAUCUUCAGGUAAAAAUGGAGACGAUUAGGUCUUUUGUUAGCUGGAGUGAGAAAUGUGUCCCAUUAGUUGCCGACAUUUCAUUCCUCUCUCACCAUUUGCAUGGCAUGUGUGUUGCUCCACAGCUGCACUGUGGCUGCUGACCUUUGCGUUGCAGCGCUGCAUACACAGAAUAACAAUGCCUGUGGCAAUGGCCGUCAGUGGGCGGUUAACCGUUUAAGAAAUUAACGUGCGACGCUUGACUGGUUGUGAACUGAAUUAUUUUACGAAGUAUAUGAAACCAGCAACAGUAAAAGAUUAUAACAAUUGAAUUGCAUUCAUGAUUGUUGCUGAAAAGAGUCUGAGUGAGAUUUAAAGUAUGCAGCCACUGUGUAUUUAAGCUUUAAUCCAUUUAGUUUGUGAACCAAACUAAAAGGUGUAUAAGAUUUCGCAACACACAUGCUACACUGUCACCUGACACAUCCAGCACAUAUAACCUAUCAUUAUCUAUUCAUUUGUUGUGUAUUAUAAGUGUUUGGCUCAAAUUCACAAAUGAAACAACACACCAUCGUUUUGUUUGCGGCCUAAUUUUCUUU